CUAUCAGGAAAGUCAGGGUUUUCCUCGGCACCCUCGGGGUUUCCCGGGACAUGGCCAUAGUCACCGGAGCUUAGUUCUACUCGCAGCCCAACUGCGGAUCUUGCGUGGAUCGGACACUGCCUGCUCUCUUUCUGAUCGGAAGCCCCUCAUUUGAGACCUUUAGUCAUGCUCAGCUUUGGUAGCCAGGCUCCCGGUGGAUCAUGACUGCGGCGGCUAACUGGGCGGCCAACGGGGCGAGCCUGGAGGACUGUCACUCUAACCUCUUCUCAUUGGCUGAACUGACUGGCAUCAAAUGGCGUCGCUACAGAUACCAGGGGCCUGGCGAAUGUGGACCAGUCAUCUCUGCUCCUGCCCAAGACGAUCCCAUUUUGCUAAGCUUCAUCCGCUGCCUACAGGCCAAUCUUUUAUGUGUGUGGAGACGUGAGGUCAAACCUGAUCGGAAGGAACUCUGGAUCUUCUGGUGGGGUGAUGAACCAAACCUUGGUGAUGUUAUACACCAUGAAUUGCAUAUGGAUGAAGAGGGAUUCUGGGAGAAUGGUCUGUCUUACGAGUGUCGAACCCUGCUCUUCAAGGCCAUCCAUAACCUUCUGGAAAGGUGCUUGUUGGAUAAAAAUUUUGUGAGAAUUGGGAAAUGGUUUGUGAAGCCAUGUGAAAAAGAGGAAAAAUCCCUGUCCAAGAGCGAGAAUCUUUCCUGCUCCUUUACCUUUUUCCUACAUGGUGAGAGCAACGUUUGCACGAGUGUAGAGAUAGCUCAGCACCAGCCAGUGUAUCUAAUCAACCAGCAGCAUCUCCAUCUAGCACAGACUUCUCAUGCUCCAUGCCAAGUAAUCUUAAGUCCAUAUGGACUAAGUGGAACUUUAACAGGCCAUGGUUACAAGACCUCUGACCCCACUACCCGCAAGUUGCUAGAGGAAUGGCGGCCCUUUUACCCCACCGUGCUGCGUGUGAGGCAAGAUCAGCAAGAAGAACUGCAAUACAAUGAUGAUUUCCCUGCAGCUGUUGAAGUUAUUGUUGGUGGUGUUCGUUUGGUUUAUCCAUCAGCUUUCGUUCUUAUUGCUCAGAGCGAUUUGCCCCUGUCUUCCAGUGUGGGGGGUGCCGGACACAGCAGCACAGGUGGCCAACAGUGCACAGCUGUUACUAAAGACCCAAGCCCAUGUCGGAUGCCUCUUACCCCACCCACCUCUCCAGAGCAAAUUGCACCUGGAGAUGGGAAGGAAAAUCCCUCAAGUAUCAAUAGCCAUUCAACAGAGGAUGGUGUCUCCAACCCAAAACAGAGUUCAAAGUGUGGGGAAAAGAGCUGCCACAGACUUAGCAGUUACAUGGCACAGAGAGUUUGGAAAGAAUGCAUAGUAAACCGUUGCCAGCCAAAGUUAACCGUUUCCAGCCAGCAAGAAGGGGAGAUUCAAAUCAGCAAAGCACCAUGGGAUUUUGUUGAUCCCACUCAUAGAGCUACAUGCUCCUGUUCCAGACAUAAAUAUUCAAAACAACGCAGUGCACCUAGUGGUUCUCGGCCUUCCUCUGUUACUCAACCUAACAUGGGAGGAAUCCCCACUUCUUGCAGCUCCUCCCUUCCACCCCCUGCUUCUUCUAAGCACAAACCCACUGAUCGUCAGGAGAAGGCUGAGAAGUUGCAGAAAAAGACCACCACUCCUUUCCACCAUCGUGCUUUGCCCAUACAGAAUGAACAGUGUCUAACACAGGAAACGGCUAUACAGCAACGGCAAGGUGCAGAGGCUGCAACAAGUACACCACCAAAUAGACAGUAUCAAUCUAUGCCCUCUGCAGGAGAGUUAGAUCAACUGUUAACUUCUCAACCCUCAGACUCUCCACACUCUCCUGCAUCUCCAAUGCCUCCAACACUUAGUCCACAACCUCCCCAGCAAGAGGUUGCUAUCCCAGAUCCAGAGGUUCAACCUUGCAACUCCACUUUGUAUCCUAAUGGGCUGGAAAUGCAGCCACUUGAUGAUAGGACGAUGAUGGCGGCUGGACUUGGUUUGCCUUUGAUGGCAGAGCUAAGUGAGACCAGCAUAUAUUGUUCUAGUCUGUCUCAGAGCCAGCAAACGGAGAACAGCUGGCAGGAGUACAUGCUACCAUCUACAGGCAAUGAAGACUUUAGACCGCCAAACAUCCCGGUGGAAUGGCAUGAGAGCAUACAGGAAACUGGAGAUGAUAGCACUGCAUUAGAAAGACUUUUAGCUCAGCCAAACAAACGUUUCAAAGUUUUGGAUGAAAAUCGCCCAAUUCUAUCGGAUAAUCGGACCUACCUGGACCAGCCUCCCAUGUAUCUCGAACAGCUUGGGGACAACCUUGACCCUUACACUUUUGAAGAUGGUGAGAUCAAGUACAGUUUCACAGCCACCAAAAAAUGCAAGAUGGGUGCUGAAAGAGACCUGUCCCGGAAAUUAAAGGCUGAUGAGGGGUUUGAGAAGAAUGCAUCACCAACAGAACAACCUGCUUCAGUGACUGACCCUGGGAAAAAUGUCAUGUCCAUUUUCAGUCCUGCAUCUAAACCUGACCCACGACAGGACCGGGGAAUUGCUGCGAGCCUGACGCAGGUUAAAGAUCUGGCUCCUUCUCUUAAUGACCUGGACAACUUGUUUGAUAAUUCUGAGGAUGAGGACCUGGCUGGCUCUCCAGGAACUCGAGCAAUGAAAGCUCCCUCAGUAGGGUCUGAAGAUCGGGCCCUUGGUAAAGAUGCAAGGACAGCUGUUGCAUACUCAGCCACAGAUCUCCAGAGAAUGUUUCCCACACCACCUUCCCUGGAACAGCACCCUGCCUUCUCCCCGAUUAUGAUAUACAAGGAUGGAGUAAGCUCCGAGACCACGGCGACUCUUGCCAUGAUGGAGAGCCCCAUGGUCAACUUGGCCUCAAUGCAUCAUCUCGAGUUCAAAAUGGAGGUGGAGGAGGGUCUGUGCAGCCCUAAGCCAGAGGAGAUAAGGGAUUUUUCAUAUGUGCACAGAGUAGCGUCCUCUCAGCCCUUUGUGGGUACUUCAAUGUUUGCUCCUCUAAAGUCUUUGCCCAGCCAGUGCCUGCUGUCCUUAAAGAUUCCAGAUGCCUGUGUAUACCGUCCUUCUUGGGCAGCCCCCCCAAAGAUGCAACACCUUCCUCUGCCCCCAGCUACAUCUUUCAACAGAGAUGGCUAUAUGAAUGUGCCAAGUGUGGGCAGUUUGACAGAUCCAGACUACCUACAGCUGAACACUCCACAGACCAACACACCUCUUGCUCCAUGCAGCACAGCUCCAGCCAGCAACAGUGGAACUGGGGGCGUUCUUCCCUCUCCUGCCACACCUCGUUUUUCUGUUCCCACCCCUCGUACUCCAAGAACUCCUAGAACACCACGGGGUGGUGGAGGAGCCAGUGGUCAAGGCUCUGCCAAAUAUGACAGCACCGACCUCUGCUCGCCUGCUUCCACACCAUCCACCACAAGACCUCUGAGCUCUGUUGAACCUGCAAGCAGUCACCCAGCUCCUGAGGCCCACAGCCUCUAUGUUACCUUGUUACUGUCAGACUCUGUACUUAACAUCUUCAAAGACAGGAAUUUUGAUAGCUGUUGUAUUUGUGCCUGCAACCUCAACAUUAAAGGAGCAGAUGUGGGUAUAUACAUUCCCGACUCAUCAAAUGAAGAUCAAUAUCGAUGCACUUGUGGAUUCAGCGCAAUUGUCAACCGUCGUCUUGGCUACAAUUCAGGUCUUUUUAUAGAGGACGAAAUGGACAUUUUUGGCAGAUCCUCAGAUCUUGGCCAGGCAGUGGAAAGAAGAUUAAAUAUUAGAGUGACAGAAAGGCUUGGCCAGGAACAACCUCCACCAGGUCUUUUGCUACUGUUACAGAGACAGUGUACCCGUCCAUUUAAUAACUGUAGUAGCACUUGGGAGCUGUCAUACUGCCAGGGAGUUUCACUCUUAGAUAGGCCAAGUUGGAACUACGACAGAGUACGGGCAGAGAGUUCAGAUGCAUGGCCAGAGUGCUUGAAUGCAUUGGAGCAAGGAAGACAGUAUGUGGACAAUCCUACAGGGGGUAGAGUUGAUGAGGCACUUGUAAAGAGUGCUACUUUUCACCUUUGGCCACACAGCAAUGUGCUGGAUGUGAGCAUGUUGCCUUCACAGGAUGUUGUGCGCAUGCUGCUCUCCUUGCAGCCAUUCUUGCAGGAUGCCAUUCAGAAAAAAAGGACAGGCCGAACUUGGGAAAAUAUCCAGCAUGUGCAGGGUCCCCUGACGUGGCAGCAAUUUCACAAGAUGGCCGGACGAGGAUCAUAUGGUUCAGAAGAGUCUCCAGAACCAUUGCCUAUUCCAAACCUUCUUGUUGGUUAUGAUAAAGAUUUCUUGACGAUUGCUCCUUUCUCACUUCCAUUUUGGGAAAGGCUGCUGCUUGAGCCUUAUGGAGGGCAGAGAGACGUGGGUUAUUUGGUGCUGUGUCCAGAAAACUCUGCUCUACUUGAUGGCGCAAAGGCCUUUUUCAGGGAUCUGAGUGCAGUAUAUGAGAUGUGCCGUCUUGGUGAGCACAGGCCAAUCUGUAAAGUGCUUAGUGAUGGGAUCAUGAAGAUUAGCCAGCCUGCAGGUGACAGUGAAGAAACGUCUUGUGAGGAGAUGGAUAACCAAGCAAGGCUCCAGCUAUUUGCACAGACCUGCCGCCAGCAUCUUGCUCCUUACUUAUCCACAUUGCAACUAGACAGCAGCCUGUUAUUACCUCCUAAGAACCAGCCACCUACGGUACAAACCAGCUCAAGCCCAGCUGUGCCGUCUUGUCCUACUGGUGUUCUUUUUAACACCACUCCUAAUGGCACAAGUACUACUCCUUUACCACCACCACCUCUAUCCUCCUCCACAUCUCUUCCUGCUGGAAACAGCACAGUACCCACUGGGUUCAAUAACUGCCCAUCACAGAACACUUCAAGUAUUGUGGAGCGACCAUUAGGAAACCAGACCACAGGAGACCCAGAGCCUAGCCAGCAGUCCAUGCAGCAAGAGACCCCAGAAAAUGCCACUGAGCGGGAGAAAAUUGGCAUUCCCACAGAACCAGAACCAGCUGGAGCACUCAGUUCUUGUCCAACAGUAGUUAUAUACAUGGUGGAUCCAUUUACAUACACAGUGGAUGAAGACUGCCACCCUGGGAACUACUGGAUGCUUGGCCUGAUCAGAUGUUUUACUGACAUGCUGGAGAGUUUACCAGAGCCACUUCGAUCAGCUUGCAUACUUCAGGUGGUUCCCUGCCAUUCUCUUCUGCAGACUGUAAAUGAUGAAGUGGUCUCCUACAUUCAGCACUUGAAGUCUUUAGCUUUUUCUGUAUACUGCCAGUGCCGGCGACCCAUAGCCACACAAAUACCCAUCAAGCCUCUCACUGGCUUUGGUCCAGCAGCCGCUCUAAAUGCAAUACUCAGGAAUCAAGAGCAACCUAGCCCUGGACAGAUGUAUUCUCCUCCAUUUUUGCUCUCCCCCACCAAGGACAAGCAGACAGAGUUGGGUGAGACAUUUGGUGAAGCUGGACAGAAAUACAAUGUGCUGUUUGUAGGUUACUGCUUAUCUCAUGAUCAGCGCUGGCUUCUGGCGUCCUGCACCGACCUGCAAGGAGAGCUUCUGGAAACUUGUGUUGUUAAUAUCCAUGUGCCCAACAGGUUUCGGAGGAGCAAAGUUUCAGCAAGAAAGAUAGGGCUGCAGAAACUAUGGGAAUGGUGUGUGGAAAUUAUACAGACAACAUCAUUACCCUGGAGAGUGGUGAUUGGCCGUCUUGGACGACUAGGCCAUGGCGAGCUGAAAGAUUGGAGUAUUCUGCUUGGAGAGUGCUCUCUACAGACCAUCAGUCGUCAGUUAAAAGAAACAUGCAAAAUGUGUGGAAUCUCAGCAGCUGAUUCUCCGUCUAUACUUAGUGCCUGUCUCGUAGCAAUGGAACCCCAGGGAUCUUUCACUGUCAUGCCUGAUGCUGUCACUAUGGGUUCAGUGUUUGGCCGCAGCACAGCUUUGAAUCUACAGACAUCUCAGCUGAGCACUCCACAGGAUGCCUCUUGCACCCAUAUCUUAGUGUUCCCCACUUCCGCCACUAUCCAGGUUUCUCCAGCUAACUAUCACAAUGAAGAUGAUAUGUUAGACCUACCCUUUCUGGAUGAUAUGGAUAAUGACAUAGGAAUAUUAAUCACAGGAAAUCUGCAUUCACCUCCAAAUUCUUCACCAGGCUCUCCCACCGGAGCAGGACCCCAUUUUCAGCAUAGCCGCAGUCAGGUAGAGAGGCUUCUUUCCCGAGAGACACCAGAAGAACUAAAGCAGCAACCACUUGCACUAGGGUACUAUGUGUCCACAGCCAAAGCAGAGAACCUGCCUGAGUGGUUCUGGUCUUCAUGUCCACAUGCACAAAAUCAGUGUCCUCUUUUUCUAAAGGCCUCCUUGCACCACCACAUAUCUGUAUCUCACAAUGAUGAUCUUGUUCCUGCACGUACUUCUCAGCGUGUUCCUCACCCUCUGGACUCUAAGACCACAUCCGAUGUAUUAAGGUUUGUCUUGGAACAGUACAAUGCUCUCUCAUGGUUGACUUGUAACCCAGCCACUCAGGACCGGACCUCCUGCCUACCAGUUCACUUCACGGUGCUCACACAGAUGUACAACAUGGUGAUGGACUUUCUUUGAAUACUAUCUCCCUGCCUUGAUCAGCAACAUCUCAAAGACUUGUGAUCAUCAAGUUCAGCCGUUCUUGCUUAGUUUACCACAUUGCAACCCCAGUAGUGUGCACUACAGUUUUCUAUUUGCCCAUAAGGAACCAUGCACAAUGGAUCAAAUUACAUUUGCUCUGUGCAAUACACUAAGCACUGACUUUACAGUGAUCAGCGGAUUGGCAAGAAAGUGAUAUUGCUCUGCCAAGUGUGUGAAGGAGGCAAUGACAGGCCACAUAUAGUGCUGGCAAACCACGAGCAACAGUUCAUAAAGCAAGCUUGAAAUAAACUUUUGUAUUGCAAAGAUGAGGAUGUCCAGCAGUAUUCUCCCUAGGUGUGCUUUAGUGCUGCAGGAGUGGCUCACUGGAUGAUAUAACACUCUGGGGCUGAUUUACUAACAUAGGUGCUAAAUAGCACUAGUGCUGUUGUCAGAAGUUGCGAAUCACCAAUUAGUUUAGAUAAGACUACUGCAAUUAAAAAAAACCCAAAACAAAAUGAAAGAAUAGACCUGAUUGUUUGCUCUGGGUAAAUGCACUCUUGCAGUUUAAUACCUAUGUGUGUUAAACAGCCCAUCUUAGUACAGAAUCUGCAGCAAAAACCUAUCAGUAUAGUGACAGUGAGUGACCCUGCACCCUUGGGAAUUAUUUCAUCCACUCCUUUGUAAAUUCUUUAUUGCCAGUUGGUCCUUAUUGACAGCAUAAGACUAGCAGUUGCACUUAGACUAACCAAUCAAAAGUAUUUAAGCAUAGAAACUAUUCCAAAUCUUUCAUAUAUUCCUUUCUGGCCCAUGAUGUUAUUAUGUAAUUGCUUUAUGGGGUGCAAGUGAGCACCACCUGCUGCCAUUGUACAGAUUUUGGCACUGUGAUCCUAGCCUGACUGUACAUUCACAGGCUGAGACUGUAGCAAUAUAAUGGCAGCUAUAUCCCCAAGACCAAAUUCUUUGUUGUGUCUUUGAGGGGAAGUACCAAACCAUUUCAGAUUCAGUAGCAAUCCCUCCAUUGUGAUGCACUUAAUGCAGUCAUUAGCCGGUUAGCCAGUGUGCAGUAUUGAUGGCCCCCACACAGCAACUGGGCCAGUAUGGCAACAAAACUAUCUAGUAUUUUCCUUUAUACGCCACUGCUUCCAACAUGGGCAGAUAUUUAUUCAUAUGAAUCUGAUUUGUCUAAUUCUGCAUUAUGUGGUUUAUUUACCCUUCAGUGGCAGAUUGAGAGAAGCAGCAUCUGUUCCACCUCUGCAUAUUUAUACUUUUCUUGGAUCUGGCACAUCUGUCAAUUCCAAAUAAAUCCCGUGUACUUUAGCACCCUGCUUAUUGCAGGGGGACUCUUACACAAAAAGUCUGAUAUGUGGGAAAAUAAGGUAUUUGUACAUAAUAUCAGUUUUUUUUAAGCAAAUGUAAAACUUGUACAUUUCUCGAUGAACCUAAAAAUUUUUUUUUCUUUCCUUUUUUUACAAAGUAUUUACUGGCUGUUUUUUUUCCUCAUUUUAUAUAUAAUAUAUAAAUAUAUAUAAAUAUAUAUACACACAUUUACAGAUAUCUAUAAAUAGGCAUACAAUUUGAAAAGAUGGGGGAAAUUCUACCCAGCAGAAAUAUGAACGUAAUGAAACAAAAAAACAAAACGGGAAAAAAAAGCUUUUGGAAUUUCAGAAGAAAUUUUAAUCCUGCCUCUGGUACCUCACAAAAAUAAGAUUUGAUAAAAAAAAUGAAAAAGAAAAAACAUGACGUUAAAGAGUUAAAGAAAUUAGUUCUUCAAUAUAAAUGUGCUUCAUAUAUACCUUGUAAACAAAAAAGGUCUAUACUUUUACACACUUUUUUAGAUGAAUAAAUUAUUGAUUUAUUGAUA